AUGACCAAGGUCAGCUCUCUUCAAAGAAUGCAUGCUGCUACAUGACUAAACACAUCAAAUGACAUUGACCUAGCAGUUAGCACGUUGAGCCAGUAACCGAAAGGUUGCUGGUUCGAGGAGCAGACAAGGUGAAAAAUCUGUCGAUGUGCCCUUGAACAAGGCACUUAACCCUAAUUUGCUCCAGGGGCCCUGUACUACUAUGGCUGACCCUGUAAAACUACACAUUUCACUGCACCUAUCAUACUGCUAUGGCUGACCCUGUAAAACAACACAUUUCACUGCACCUAUCCUGUGACAGUAAAACAUAUAUAUAUAUUUUUUAAAGAGGAAUAGAUGUGCAGUCAGUCAUUAGGCUCCACAUGCUUUAAAAGAGCCUUACCUUUAGUAACAUUGAUUACUUGAGCUUCUCCAAUAGAUCACUGAUGACUGGGCUAGAGAUGGGAAUGCUAAGAGGCAUUUUUAGCAAAACACUCCCGACUGUAUAAUAAUAAUAAUAAUAACUGUAUCACUAUCAUAAUUACAUUUCACAUAGACGGUUCCUCUGUCACAAUGUAUUUGUUUUUCAGUCGACGUGUGUGUGGGCUCUCUCCUGGCUGUGGCUGCUUGGCUUGGUGGUGUGGAACAUGUGAAAGAGAUAGAGGCUCAUUUACAUUGAUGGCAACCCUCGCCUCCGCUGGCAUUUUCAUCGGCCAUUGAUCCAGUGCCUGGCUGAUUAAUCGUCUAUAAAGGGAUCAGGAGUCAAUUAGUGUCUGAAGCUCACUUCUAAUUCCAGCCAUGCAUCAGCAUCCUAGCAGCCCUACCGGGACCACACAGUUUACACAGACUUUCUGGAGCUAUUGAAGCUAUUGACUUUGCCAGGCAUCCCAAUAUUGUACCAUUUGAAUGUUAAAGUGUUUGUUUUCUCUUGAUUUUGAUAGGACCUCUGCAUACCAAAGACAAAGACCAACCUCUCGGGGGGAAAGAGCAUUGUUUUAUCUUAGCUAUGGGUUUUCGUAGCAUUCAGCAUUUCUAAGAAAGCAAAAUGAAUUAUAGGAUGAUGGGGAAAUUGUGACAGAUGGCAUUUUAGUCUUGUUUCUAAUGCCAAUCGAGUACAGUGUCUGAGACAUUUAGGAGAAAGAUAUGUUGACAUGAUAUGGAAUUUCCGAUGGUAUUUUCACUAAAUGGGGCUGGCAAAACCAACCAUUCAGGUUCAUAUUCACUAGGCACCAAACGGAAGAAAACGGACUGAAACGGAGGGACUACUGGAGCUCGUCCAAUAAGAUCGUUUUCUGUAGCAAUCUUUUUUUAUAUGGUGUGCAUUCAUUAAUACAGCCCUGGAUUAGGUUGCAUUUGGGCAUUCCUGUUCACACAACAAUAUACUGAAAUGUUGCCAUGGUAAUAAUUCGGGGUGUUUCUUCUUCUGUUAUUCCUCCCAGGUCAUUCAGCGCAGAGAGGACGGCGCAGUGAACUUCUUCCGAGCGUGGGACGCAUACCGCGACGGCUUCGGCAAGAUCACCGGGGAGCACUGGCUUGGUGAGCACUGACAAACAGGAUCAAUACCAUGCAUGACUCCCUCUAUUGGUUCGAUAACGUUUCACGUUCUUGUCACAUUCCCAAAGUCUGCCCAUGAAGAAAGGACAACAUUUGAUUUUGGUGUGUAAUACUAAAACUUGUUCCACACACAAGAACAAUAAUUUCAAGCAGACAAGACAGCUGAAUCAAAUUAACACUUACACAGAAGCUACACUGGGUUGUCGUGAAAACAGUAGGUAUUUUACCUGCAACACUGGAAGCGUAACUUUUGCGGCAAAAUCUUGGAAAUAGAAACAUAGCUUUACACUAAGCAGCUCCAUUUGGGAAUCGGACAGGGUGAGGCCCCUUCUUUGGCCCCCAACUCGUCCUCACUGUCUCUCCUCUUUGUGGCCUGAAGUGCGUGAAUACAAGAGUGUGUAGGUGGAGUAUAGUGUGUACUUGCAUGGGUGCUUGUGUGUCUUUUGUUUGCCCUCAGUGAGUGAACCGGAGCCCUAAUUCAGGGUUGGGUGAUUAGAAAUGACAGGCCUGCCACAAAGCAUCAGCAUGUCAAGAUUGAGUUCUCCAAGACAGGAGCAGGCAAGAGGAAAACUGCUGCUCACCACAUGUUAUUUUACCUACAGGCUCUUUAUGUACUGCGGGAAGCAUCGAGGAGGAGGGGUUCAACAUACAUUACAAAUGUAAAACUUUAUCAAUAUCGUAACUUUUGAGAGCAUUCACUUUAUAGGCACCAUCUGUUUUGAUCCAGGGUUUUAGUAUGGGACCUGUCAGUAAAUUGUACGUAGAUCCCAUCCCCUGGGAGUACCUGGAGGUACUGGAUAAAACUGUUGUCAUCUCCACUUGGAAGAUGAGCCCACCUACUAUAUAUAUAUACACACACACACACACACACACACACACACACAACACAUUCUACCGCAAAAUCAAAAAUAUUUAAAUUAAUUGUUUAGGUUAAGUUAGUUGACUUAUUACUGAUGUUAUCUAAAUAACUGUUUAUGGUCGUGGCAAUAUGAUCCUGCAGAUUAAUUUCAGGAAGAUACAAAUUCUAUGUAUGUUUCGUCUUGCAGCAUAAGAAUUUGCCUGAAAUAUGAAACGAUGUGUUAUUUUGAUAUUGGGGAGAUAUGAAUAUUAAUGAGUAUUUUUAUGUCAUCAAAGGGUAUGUUUGAAAUUGCAAUUCCAUAUUUUUAUUUUGUAAUGCAUUAGCAUAUUCAUUCUAAACCAACCUAGCAAAGGACUUAAGAUAAGCAUUCCCUUUUAUCAGUCAUUUUCAAAUAAUGAAUUUGAAUUGGUGAUAGAAAACAUUCAUUCCAAUACUCUCCUAUAAAACUCAGAAUCUUUACUCAGCAUGCCAAUAUGACCAGUGCCAAGCACACCACACAUAGAGACACAUGCAUGUACACACAUACUUUCAGCUCCAGCUCCAGUGAUCUGCAGGGGUAGGAGGGAUUAUAAAAGCCUUGCUCUGUGCACUGUUGGAAUCCCAUUAAUGAAGCUCAAGUGUUACUUUAGAGACGGCUGUUUUUUAUGAUGAAGUGAACAAAACCCCAAAGCCUUAUCCCUCAUUCUCUCUAAAAGAAGAAGGGGGUGUUUUCAAUCCCAUGUCUUCAUGAGUCUGAGGGGGACCUGACACAACUGCCACGACAUGUGAUUAUGACAAUCAUAACAUAACAACACGACACAUAACAUAACUGUAGUCAUUUUACCUGCCUGGCCUGUCAGCACACAUUACAUUCUUCUCUCCCAGUAAUUAAUUAAUGACAUGGGCCAUGCCUGCCAAUGCCUCCUGGCAUAUUGAUCGCAGUCUGCAUGGUAAUGCCUUAUUGCUCAUUAAGCACUGCAUGCUGGAGAAUGAGGACCAGAGAGUGUGCUGCUAGCGAUACAAUCUCAUCACUAUGCUCGUUUAGAAGAACACACACAUCCCAGGGACAGGUAGGGACCAAAUUAUCCGAAUGUCAUCAUCCUGAAAAAUGACAGUCCAUUAGAAGGUGUUUUAAGCACCUCUACAGUUAAUGUAUGAAGUGACACACAUUUUGAUGAACUGGGAAGGCUACUGUUCUUGACCCAAAUGUAUUUUGGGGAUACGUGUUUUUUGUUGCCACAAUGCCACAUACUCUAUUUCAGCUAUAACAACUGAUUAAAAUGAGAAACUGCGAGGUUAGAUUUUGGUCUAACAAGUGCCUUGCACCGAUGAGAUAGAUCUAUGUUGUCAUGCAGGUGCAUUCGCAUAAUUCAUUUGACAGCAUACUUUUUACAUUAACUUAAGAGGAGGUGAGUUAAGGAUAGCUGGUUAAGUGUUCACAUCCGCCUGGGAUUUUCUUCCACCAUUUUGAAUUGCCAUGAUGUGGAGCAUAAAGUCUGUUUUGGACUGGAAUUCAAAUAACUCAAACAUUUUUCACACUACUGAGCUAAGCCGAGCCGAGCUGUACUGUGCUGACCAGGUAGCCACCACAGUUGCUGGAAAGGACAAUGUGAAAAUAAAGCUUUGAUAGCCUGAGGAACUAAUAAAAAAGGGAAGGACUUACGUUCAGUAAGACACACUCAUUUUCGUUUUCCAUUGCAAAACGUUUUAAAACGUUUUCCAUUGCAUGCCGUAAUGAACACGACCCAGGCUAGGGAAAGCAGGCUAGUGGGAUGUGGCCAUGACAGUUUGUCUUGUCAGGCCGUUGCCCCUGUUUCCCUGAAUGGAAUGCUGACUCUGUAAUUUCCUAAUCCUUCUGCAAACUCCCUUGUUUCUCUCCACUCUCUCCCUCACUCACUUGCAAUCUUUGUUUUCAUAUUCAAAUUUACAAUUCCAUUGAUUUCAAUAAGCUUAGAUAAGCAAUUUCACCCUUGGUGCAUGAUUCAGUCACCUUGCAUCUCUGCCCAUUAGAAUUUUAACCAAUGCACAGAGAGUAGGAUAUGGAGCCUUUGCAGAAUAGCUCUUCCCAUGCCUCACUACAUGGCCCACUUUUUUCACUAAUGGGAGGAAGGUCCAUUAUAAACCACUGAACUCUGAUGGGAGAUGUGGUAACAAGACUUUCUGAGCAGAAUCCUCUUGUGUUACUGCUGUUGAUCAUCGCUUACAUAAUUCCUUUCUCUCAGGACUAACUGCUAUUGUGGUAGUGAUUGCUCUUUGUUUAAGCUAGCUGUUGUAGCUAGGUUUUUUAAAUUGCCUAGAUGAUUUGUUGCCAACUUAAAUACAAGCAUUUUAACUUUAACACACAUUUCAAAGAGUGCCAUUUCUAAAUAUGAAAACACAUAUAGUAUAAAUAUACUUUAUUUCACAGCUAAGUGUUCUACCAUUCAUGUAGGUCUAAACCCUUAGAUCAGAAUAUCGAAUAAGCUAACAUAUGGAAUUGUUUUAAGAUGGUUAAAUUAUCCAUUUUAUGACUAUUUCAUUUGGAAUUUUAGGGGCCCUGUAGGUAUAUAAAAAAAAGUAUAACAAAAUGAUGAAACAUUGAAUUUGGCCUUUACUGCUAUAGCCCAUGGAAACACAUAGAAUAAAAAUUGUGGCAAAACAGACAGUAAAAAAAUAAUCUUAAGGAAUAAGGUUUUGAAGUGUCUGUACUAUAUCUAAGAGAUAUAUAAAAACUAAAAAACUAAAUUUAGACCCAUGUUUGGUCACGUUAUUCGUGGCACUUUUUGCCCCCUAUGCACGCUGUGCCAUUUUUACAGCCCUGUACUGGGUUACCUUCAGAUGACUUCCCUGAAGCUUGUGUGCUUCAUAGCACAAAACAAUCGAGUCUCCCCUUUCGAUAUUGGUGACAUAUUAGUUUGUAGCUCAAACGGUUUGGUCUGAACAGUUGGUUUUGUGAGAAGACCUCUUCGAAAUUAGGACGCCCGCGCCAGAGAGUUCAGAUGACUGCGGUAAAGCUUGUGGAUGUCUUAGAGUGAAAACAGCCGACACUUAUUAGUUUGUAGCUGAAACGGUUCUGGUUUUACAGACGAUUUUGUGACUAUUUUCUAAUCGCAGUUGGAGAUUUACCAAACUAGUGGAGAUAUUUGUUAUGUGUAGACUAUAACCUUGUCCCACUCCAGGCCUCACAGUGGUCAUUAUGGAGUGCUGUUGCUCAGUGAGCUACAGGCAUUAUCUCUCUCACAGCUCUGCUCCUCCUACUCUCUCUGGGUUUAAACACAUUGACCCCUCAACACACACACACACACACACUGCACUGACUCUACCCACAUACUCACACAUACUUAUUCUGACACCCCAACACACACACACACACACUACAUAUGCCCACACACACAAAACAUGCACACACAUGUAUACUGUCUACUCGCACACACACGCACGCACGCACACACACACACACACACACACACACACACACACACACACACACACACACACACACACACACACACACACUCACACACACACUCACACUCACACUCACACUCACACUCACACUCACACACUCUCACCAGUGGAGGCUGCUGAGGGGAGAAUGGCUCAUAAUAAUGGCCGGAACGGAGCAAAUGGAAUGGCAUCAAACACCUGGAAACCAUUUAUUUGAUGUAUUUGAUACCAUUCCACUGAUUCCCCUCCAGUCAUUACCAGUUCAACCUUCCCAAGUUCUCUCACGUCACCCUGCUCCUCCGCACACUUCCAGUUGAAGCUCGCAUCUGCUACAAGACCAUGGUGCUUGCCUACGGAGCUGUGAGGGGAACGGCACCUCCGUACCUUCAGGCUCUGAUCAGUCCCUACACCCAAACGAGGGCAUUGCGUUCAUCCACCUCUGGCCUGCUGGCUCCCCUACCUCUGCGGAAGCACAGUUCCCGCUCAGCCCAGUCAAAACUGUUCGCUGCUCUGGCACCCCAAUGGUGGAACAAGCUCCCUCACGACGCCAGGACAGCGGAGUCACUCACCACCUUCCGGAGACAUUUGAAACCCCACCUCUUUAAGGAAUACCUGGGAUAGGAUAAAGUAAUCCGUCUACCCCCCCCCUUACCCCACCCCACCCCCCCCCCCCCAAAAAAAAAUAAUAAUAAUAAUACAUUGUAAAGUGGUUAUCCCACUGGCUAUAAGGUGAAUGCACCAAUUUGUAAGUCGCUCUGGAUAAGAGCGUCUGCUAAAUGACGUAAAUGUAAAUGUAAAAAUUACCACAAGCCCGUUCUCCCCAAUUAAGGUGCCACCAACCUCCUGUUACUCACACACACACACGCACUUUCACACUCACCACAUAUGCUGCUACUGCUUAUUAUCUAUCCUGUUGCCUAGUCACUUUACCCCUACCGAUAUGUACAUAGCUACCUCAGUUACCUUGUACCCCUGCACAUCGACUCGGUACUGGUACUUCCUGUAUAUUGCCAUGUUAUUUUUGACUCUUUAUUGUUAUUUGUUAUUCACUGUGUAUUUAAUCCUUGUGUCAAUAUGUCAUUUUGUAAAAUGUUUUUUUAUCUUUAACUCUGCAUUGUUGGAAAAGGACUCGUAAGUAAGCAUUUCACUGUUAGUCUACACCUGAUCUUUACAAAGCAUGUGACAAAUACAUUUUGAUUUGAUUUGAUUUGACACGCCAGCCCUUCCAUUACAGUCUUCCCAUUCAGUUGAUGUUAAUUGAAAUACUGCUGACAAACUAAUGGUCACAGUAUGUCUGUUUUAUUUUGUGUGUGAGUGCCUCUGAGUGUUAUGCACUAUGUGUGCAUUUGGAUCGCUAUUGUUUACUUAAAGUGAUGAGAUGGGCUGGAUCAAUCAUGUUUGAUGUCCUGUGUUUUCAUAGCGUUGUUUGUGCAGACAGAUGAGUUGUAUCCAUUGGUCAGGAACCAGAUUCAGCCAGGUAUUCACUGGUGAAGUUUUUCUCUUGAUGUGUCCAUUGUAAAUUGAUAUGUAGUCCCUUCAAAGUACAAACAGCACUUGCAGGCAAAUGAUAAGGUGUUCACAGCCGCUGCAGAGUUAUCCUCAGUGUAUUGAGUAAUGUAGGCUACAGUUGUGUUCUUAGUCUGAUAUGUGUAUGCCCUGUAUUGUAAGCCCUCCCUGAGUCCCUAAUCUUAUAUAGUCAUGACAUGAAGUCAAUCGCUAUAAACAACUUUGGAUGGCGAAGAAGGAGAAAGAUAAAGAGAAUGUAACACAUUGUAUUUCAUUGUUCUAGAAUUAUAUCUCAUAAUAGCACAGAGGCUAUGAACAGGGGUCACCAACAGUGAAUAUAUUGUUGUAAUUGCUAAAUUAGCUUGACCAUAAUGCAUUGAGCUCCAUGUCAAAAGAUAGCGUAACUGUUCAGAGACGUUCUCAUAAUGAUAUAUCUGUCAGCACAAUACUAGUGUGAUUCCUGAUCACACAACUAGUUUUGACCUUCGCCUCUAGACUGUUCUAACCAUAGGUCUCUCUAAAUCCCUCUCCCAUAACGCUCCUUCAUCUCUGACUACUUGUCAAAUACCACUAUGGCCUGUGAAUUGAUAAAUGGGCUCUAAUCCGGUUCCAAUCGGCCUUUUUCCCACAAUGUACCAGUUCCCACUCCCAGUGUUUCCUACAUUGGAUGGAAUAAGUCAGCGAAUUGUACUGAAUUUCAUAGAUAUGAGCCACCAUGAUAUCAGCUAUUCCCUGUUGUGUCGUUUGCCAACAUAAACACACAGCCAAUUUUCACUGGGUCCUAAUCUUUUUAAGGUUUAAGUCGUGUGGACCGGUCUCCCGCCGUGUUCGAUAAAACAUUGUUUGGCUCAGCAUUGCUAAUCAUUUGUUUCAAUAAUCUUUUGUGGUUUUCUUAGACUAACUACUUAUCUUACUCUGUGAGUAACUCUCUCUCUGUGCUUGUUCCACUGUCCAGAAAUCGACUGAGAUAAAUUAGAACCCCCAGUGUUAUUUUGUGCCAACCCAUUUUGCAUAAAAUGUAGAUGCUAUCAGCCACUGUAUACAACAUUAAGCCUUUUUAUCAAUCCAAUCCAUGCCUCUGCAAUUUGCAGCCAACUUGUGUUCAGCUGAGGUGACUUCCAAGGCAGGGAAAUGGGAUGAACAGAGCUACAAGCAGAUACCCUAACUAUUUUCCCUUGACAAAUUUGGCCACAUACCAUACGAUGUUUCCUCGGUAUCGCAACUUGAAUAUUCAUUGUUUUGAAUUAAAUGCAUUUUGUACUUUCAAAGAUAUAAUUUUUGGACUCUCCGUCUGUGUGACCUUGUUGAUGCGGUUGAGAAGUCGCCAUCACUAAUUUUUCCUUUUAGUUUAAUCUGAGAGGCGUAAUGACUAAUAUUGUGUACUUUGCGAAGUGCUAAGAGGGAGAUGAUGCCUGACUAACCGAGGAGACAAAAUCAAGUCAACGCCCUGGAAGAUAAGAUGCUGAUAAGAUAAGAUUAGCUUGAUUGUAUUUCUGAAUUUCUCUUGAUGCUACAGUAUCAUAUAGCCAGUACAGAAUUUCAGGGGCCUCAUUUAUCAAUCAUGUGUAGGCACAUAUCUGUGGGUAAACCAUGCAUGGGAUCAUUUCCAUGCAAAGUGUGAGAUUUAUCAAUAUGAGCAUUUGCUUGAGAGUGUGUGUAAAUUUAUGCACAGCCAUGACCAUGCUUAUGCACAGUGCCAAGUGGUGGAAUAAGGGAACUGCUUGUCAAACGUAGAAUGGGGAAAACACUUUGAGUAUACAAAACAUUAAGAACAGCUGCUCUUUCCAUGACAUAGACUGACCAGGCGAAUCCAGGUGAAAGCUACAAUCCCUUAUUGAUGUCACUUGUUAUACUGAACAAAAAUAUAAAUGCAACAUGCAACAAUUUCAACGAUUUUACUGAGUUACAGUUCAUAUGAGGAAUCAGUCAAUUGAAAUAAAUUCAUUAGGCCCUAAUCUAUGGAUUUCACAUGACUGAGAAUACAGAUAUGCAUCUGUUUGUCACAGAUACCUUUUUUUUUUAAUGGCCUCACAAUUGGCCUCAGGAUCUCAUCACGGUAUUUCUGUGCAUUCAAAUUGCCAUCAGUAAAAUGCAAUUGUGUUCGUUGUCCGUAGCUUAUGCCUGCCCAUACCGUAACCCCACCACCACCAUGGGGCACUCUGUUCACAACGUUGACAUCAGCAAACUGCUCGCCCACACAACGCCAUACACAUGGUCUGCAGUUUUGAGACCGGUUGGACAUACUGCCAAAUUCUCUAAAACGACAAUGGAGGCGGCUUAUGGUAGAGAAAUUAACAUUCAAUUCUCUGGCAACAGCUCUGGUGGACAUUCCUGCAGUCAGAAUGCCAAUUGCACGCUCCCUCAAAAUGUGAGACAUCUGUGGCAUUGUGUUAUGUGCCUUUUAUUGUCCCCAGCUCAAGGUGCACCUGUGUAAUGAUCUUGUCGUUUAAUCAGCUUCUUGAUGUGCCACACCUGUCAGGUGGUUGGAUUAUCUUGGCAGGAGAAAUACUCACUAACAGGAAUGUAAGCAGAUUUGUGCACACAUUUUUUGAGAAAAAGCUUUUUGUGCGUAUGGAAAAUGUCUGGGAUAUUUUAUUUCAGCUCAUGAAACAUGGGACCAACACUUUACAUGUUCCGUUUAUAUUUUGGUUCAAUGUACAGUAAAUCCAUUUUGUUGAAGGGGAGGAGACAGGUUUUUUUUUUUUUAACAGCAGAAAAUCCUGUGUUUUUAUGUCAAACUAUAUCUGACAUGGUACAGAUGUCUUCUUUUUUUAAGCCCAUAACCAUGUGUGUGAGGUGUAUACUUUUGUUUCAAAGUAGAUUUGUUUAAGACUACCAAGAAACACUCUGUGUGACCCUGAUUUGGCCCACUGCAGUAGAAGUUUGUGUCAAGAAUUGCAACGCUGCUGGGUUUUUCAUGCUCAACAGUUUCCCGUGUGUAUCAACAAUGGUUCCCCAUCCAAAGGACAUCCAGCCAACUUGACACAACUGUGGGAAGCAUUGGAGUCAACAUGGGCCAGCAUCCCUGUGGAACGCUUUCAACACCUCAUAAAGUCCAUGCUGUUCUGAGGGCAAAAGGGGAGGGGGGGUGCAACUCAAUAUUAGGAAGCUGUUCCUAAUGUUUGGUAUACUCAGUGUAUACGUUGAAAAUAAUCAUUGUGAAUUCAUACAACAUGCCGAUCGGCAUCUCACAGCCCUCGAUGAGCCAAUGUUUUGGAUGUAAUCAUCAGCAAAACAAACUAUAACAUACUACCGGUUUGCAUAUGUCGCUCGUAGGAUUGUUUGAUAAAUCAUACUUUUUCUAUGCUUACGAACAUUCCGUUCGUAAGUACUAUUUUAGAAUAGUUUCUAUGCAAUAUAGAUAAAUAAGGCCCCAGGAUUUCAUAGCUAAUAGACGUUCUGAUUGUUCAGAAGAGCCUAUAGCUGUGUGUUAAAGCAAACAGAUUUGAGCAUCCAAUCAUGUUAAUCUAGAGAGACAUGUUAAUAUACUGAUGGAGAAUUUAUCAUCUUUGAAUUAAUUAUACUGUCUCUUAGGCCGUGUCUACACUUGAUAAUUACAUGCGACUUCUGCUAUCAGAAUACGAAGAUCGCAUUGAAAAGACAGGUCUAAACGCAUAAAUGUCGCAUUUUGAGGAGGUGGUCAGGAACGCAUUGUGUGCAGAUUUCUCCUCAGUCUGGACAUAAUCAGGCUACCGAAAGCGCAUACAGUGGGAGACGUGGUCAGCACUCCGCCCACAAGACUCCAGAAAGCAUGGGUUUUGGGAGCAAGAGGCACCUUUUCAUUAUAACGUUGGAAUGAAAUACGUUCCUAGUGUGUGAGGAACGUGUUUGCUGGCCUCAUAAAUGAUAGCCAGCUAAUUUUUUGUUUGACUAGAAUUAUGCUAACCCGUUUGUAAUCCCUUUAGCUUAGCUUGCCCGCUAGCUGGCUGUUAGCUACAGUAGUUAGCUACUGCCAUCAAGUUGUUGUUGUGUUAUUAUCAUAUUUUGCCUGUUAUACCGUUUGCAGAAUGCAUACUGGCAUUUGAAUAUAGAGCAGGGAAAAUUAAUCCGGACACAAUGUGGACAUGAAGGACACAUUUAAAUGUAAGUUUAGACGCAUGAUGUGUUCAGAAUUCUAUAUCAGAUCUCCAUGAUCAGAAUACAAAAACUGCAUUAACUGUCAAGUCUAGACACAGCCUUAUAUAGUCUCUCCCCAUCAUAAUUGUACAAGCUUCAUUAGUUCAGCUUUCGCAGAGAACGGCACUUUAUUUUUAAUUGAAUAAUUGCUAUUUCAUAAGCCUGUAGGUUAAACAAUCACAGAGGUUAGCUGGAUAUUGGGCAGUCUUCCCCCGGGAGUGUUCCCCUCAGAUUGCUGAAUCCAGGAGGACUCUUCUCACAGAGAAGAAUGUCAAAUACAAAACAAGAGCUGUAUCAAGCCUAAUUAAAUCUUCACCCUUAUUUGCGUAUAACUGCGCUAAAGGUGGAGAACGGCUUUGCCAAAGCAACUCUGCACAGAGACAAGAGCCUCCUCAAUGCAGACAGGUGCUGGAAAUGAGUGAUAUCAAUACUGAUGCAGUGGUGUGCCUGUCUACGGUGCUGAAGCCACAGGCGAAACCAGAUAUGUAAAGUAGGGUGACGUAGGGAGGGCCCCAGGUGUCAUGGUGGGAUGAUUAAUUUAGAGCAGAACUAAGAGGCUCCAUGUCACCAUUUUUGACAGGCGUUCAAAGAACCCCUAACCUAGACCUGCGACUCUCAGGGUCGGUGCAGACGUCUGUGUGAUGUACUCUAUGAAGUCAGCCUCCUCUACCUCUCACCUCUCUCUAUGCCAUUAUCUGACAGGGGAGGGAGAACAGCCGAGCUAGAUGUGUUACCAGGAACAAGCACUACUGAAAAGUAAAACCCUGCUGCUGCACAGAUGGAAGAGUGUGUUCUUAAUAAUGGGUGGCCAGGAAUGUUGCAUCUGGAGGAAAAGGUAGUCUAGUCAUGAUCAUAACCAGGUGGAGAGAUUAAUGUUUCCUCCUGGCACAAUGAAAAAAAAGAGCUGGUUAAGAAAUGCAUCAAAUGUGGCGAAUCGGAUUCGUAACAUAAAGUAUAAUAAUAUAAUCAUAAUCAUUAUAUUUUUCCAGGAUGUAACAUCAUACAAAAUGGACGACAUAGUACACAAUUCGAUGAUGUAGUACACCACUUUCAAAACUACUGGCUGGAAUUAUACAAAGGUUCUGGAGCAUCACUUCUACACCUAAGUGUUAAGAUUUCAUUUGAGAUAAUGAAUAUGCUGUUAAAUGUCUCCACUGCAAUGAGCACUAUUUUAUCGGAUAAGAGAUUCUCAAGGGGUCUAAUUAAAACCUAAGCACAAUUAUGGAAAUUCACAGGAAAGUACAGUUUGAAUUUCCAAAGAAAUGGCUUUGAUGCUGGAAAAUGUUAAAUGAUUUGCCUUGAGAUAUGUAAACUGUCAGUCUAAAAGCCAAAAGGAGCAGGGGUAAAAAGCUACAUAAAAGGUGCGUGUGGUAAAGCGUCUUAGCACAGGGAUGUAGAGUUAAGACAAUACUGAAAAACUCACAUUUACAGGCAUGAGAAUUAAUAGAUUUACCAUUUUGAGUUGAUAAGGACAGACCUACCGUAUUGUGCCAGACGGCGCAACUGGGAUGAGUGAGUGAAGGACAGACAAAAAGAGGUUCCAUUGGAAAACAGCCUGGAGAGGUGUUCAUCUCAUCAAUAAUUCAAUAGGAAACAUGCAAACUGCCAAGUAAAUGCUUUUUUUUUAUUUGUGCUUUUUCAGUGUACAUAUCUAUCUCUAUCUGUAUCGACAUACUGUAAGUCUCUAUGGCCUGAGGCUCUGCAUGUACCAAUUAAUGUCUCAAACUUUUUCCCAAAUGAUGAAAUAACUAUCAGAUCUAUGUAUUGAUACACAUUGCUCUAGUCUAGAUGGUGGUGAACUGUUAUGGAGAUGUAUGCAGACAGUGCCACGUCACUUAGUGCAUCUGUGCAUCAUGCAUAUUGUCUAAGAUGUCCUUGAGCUCCUCAGUUUCACAUGUCUACAACACCCCCUUAAGUUAGUCCUUAGCUGCUCAUUCAGUAAGCAGUCCAACCUUGUGUAUGUCUGAUGAAAUAAUCAGUGAAUACAGAACAAGUUGAAGGGCACACGAAACACAGUGUAGCUGCCCAAUAUUAAGACAACGUAUACCAGAAUAUGAAGCUGUUUGCCUUCUGUGUUAUUCUCCUGCCCUCUGUGAUGUGCAGGCUGGGGAGAAUGUCAGACAGUCUUUGUAGACCGCUCCCUGCAGAGGGAUUAGCAGGCAGUAGCAGCGAUCAAUGCCCAAAAAGGCAUGGUUAUCAAAGGGGGUUUGUGUCGACAACACUGACAACCACACGAAUUUACCCUGAGACACUGAAGGCUGUGGUGGUUUAUUUACUGUAGUUACUGAGUUAUCUGUGGGUGUCUUUAAUCUCAAAUUCUGUAGUCCAUAUUUUUCAGGGGCAAAACUAGUACAUAUGAUUUCAUAUUAGGGAUGAUGCCAUGAUGCCAUGUUACAGCUUGCUUUGCCACACACCUAAGUGCAUGCAGAGUUCCAUCUGAUCUGUGGACGGGUGCAAUAGUUGAGAGUCGUAAUAGUAUAGUAAUAGUAAUAGAAAUUCAUUGUUGAAUUUCUUAUAUGAUCGUAACACACCCUUACAAAAAGGAACAUUCCCUACAGGAAUGGUGCCCCGUCUGAGGGAAACCCCUUUAUAUUAUAUCGAUACAGGCGCACGAGUGGGCACACUGUUGCACCUGUGGGUGCCAUUGUGGAGACUGAUGAUGACCUUCCAGUGUAAAUAGCCCAUCUAUUUGCUGUGGAAUGAACCCAUUAAACAACACUGUUUAUGCCUGAUGAUGGACUCUGGAGAUGUGCUCUGCUGCUGGGAGAACCCUAUCAAACGGAUCCUGCUGUUUGAACAAUGUGUCUGCACUGGGAGGAGAACAGAUUAGGGGGAAGAGAGAUUAGGCCACUUGGUGUGGCUCUCCACUGUAAUAUUAAGGUCAUUCUCGAGUGCUGAACCUUUUGGAGUUUAACUUAAUCUAAAAUCGAUUGGUCAAUCAGCGUGCUAGCGAUGCAUUCCAAGAUUUCUAUAUGAGAACAUUAACUCUUUCUGGUAUUUGAGACCACCGCACCAUAGCACAGCACAUACAAUGUGCAUACAGAGCAUUAUGGGUAAUAAUGUGAUACAUGUAAAUUGUGACUUUCUCUGCAAUUUUUUCCUCACUGGCUAUCUGUCUAAUGAUCCUAUAGCAUCUGCGAAGCAUUUCAAACAGCAAGAAGCAGUCAGUGAAAACGAAUGUGGCUACCUGCAGUGGAGGCCCACUGGGCACACACUGGUUGAAUCAACGUUGCUUCCACGUCAUUUCAAUGAAGUGUGGAAUAGAUGUUGAAUUGACGUCUGUGCCCAGUGGGGGUUCACUUGUAGGAACCAUACAAGGUGUUCCACAACUGUCGACAACAGCUGUAGAGACGCAGCAUGCUUGGCUAGCACCGGCAAAAUCUCCUGGCCUAUUGAUUUUCUGUCCUGGUGGUACAGCACAUAGACCAGUCUACAGCCUACAAAGAGAAUUCAUAUGAGGGAGAGCACAGUAGUUCCUUACCAAGCACCCAUAUACUUGCAGAGAGACAGGUGCACCCCACUGGGUCCGAAAGACCUGAAAAGUUGGUUACUGUGCCUUGGACGCUGUUAUGGUUCAGUGACGGAAAGUUAUGCAAGUGUUCCAUUGUGCUAUUCCUAUACCUCCAUCUUUAAUCACAGCUGUUCAUGUCAGAUCAUGACGGGCCUCUUCUCUGUGUUUCGUCUCAGGUUUGAAGAGGAUGCAUGCCUUGACCAUCCAAGCCAACUACGAGCUGCGAAUUGACCUGGAGGACUUUGAGAACAGCACAGCCUUCGCCCAGUAUGGAGCCUUUGGAGUGGGACUGUUCUCUGUUGACCCGGAUGAGGAUGGCUACCCGCUGACUAUUGCUGACUACUCAGGCACUGCAGGUACUGCAAUACCCUACUGUACUGUAGCCAUUUAUUAUGGCUCAUCCUAUAAAUUCUAGUUUGUUUAAACUUCUUUAAAACAUUUAGAUUGCUCCUAUUGAUCUUCCUAUUGGUCCUAUUGAUCUUCCUAUUGGUCAAUUCCCCCCUCUCUGUGAAAAUAUAUACAAUUUUGAAACAUCUAAAUAUCUGGAAAAUCUGAUUCAGACAUCUGUCCACCAAUACGAGAGAUUUUUUCAGCUGUAGAUGAUGAGUAGCAGCAGCCAGUUUGUGUAUGUGAUUCUCCUUGGUUCAGCUCUGUCGCAGGGGGCUCUUUUGGACGUUAAUUGGGUCCCUCUACUCAGUUAGUCCCAGGUUCCCCUCCUCAGCCCCUCACUCAUGGUUGGGCCCAGCCAGACAGACUGUUGACCUUCUGGAGCUGCUGGAAAGGGCAGGUAUAAUGACGCUGUAGGAUGCCUCCGGGGCCACGGCCAAUAAAGCAGGUCGUUAGGUUAUUACGGCCCGACAGAAACAAACAGUCAGAUUAUCAUAAAUCAGGAGGAGAAUACUGCUUCCACUCGUGUUUUAUUAGUGAGGUAGUCUUUAAAGGGCUGCUGCUUGGAAUUCAGGGAACAUUGAUUCCCAAUCUUAUCAAUUAAAGCGUUUUUUUCAUCAGAUGAAUUGAGGCGCUAAUAUAAAAAAAUGAGACGUUUAUUUAAUUAAGAUUGAUGCUGCAGCAGAACUGUGUUGGCUUUAGCACAGUCCCGAGUUUUCUUUCAAUACCUGCAUUUAAAUUAUUUGUUCCUCAUAUUUGGUUUCAAUUGAAUGACAUUUGGGAAUAACAGGUUGAGAUUUGACUGUUGAAACUAAUGACAAAGUAUCUGUUCACAAAUUGACUCGGACUAAGACAGCGCUUGUACGUUAUUUCACUGUUUGCGCUCCAUCCGUUCACCCACAAAACUGUCGCUGCCCUUCUAUUCUUUGAUACUUCAUCGUCAAUUCCUGCAUAGAUGAUUUAACUAUUAUCCUUAACAAACAUAAUGGUUCUAUCCUACAUACACUAUCAGUCAAAAGUUUGGACACACCUACUCAUUCAAGAGUUUUUCUUUAUUUUCACUAUUUUCUACAUUGUAGAAUAAUAGUGAAGACAUCAAAACUAUGAAAUAACACAUAUGGAAUCAUGUAGUAACCAAACAAGUGUUAAACAAAUCAAAAUAUAUUUUAUAUUUGAGAUUCUUCAAAGUAGCCACCCUUUGCCUUGAUGGUAUUCUCUCAACCAGCUUCACCUGGAAUGCUUUUCCAACAGUCUUGAAGGAGUUCCCACAUAUACUGAGCACUUGUUGGCUGCUUUUCCUUCACUCUGCUGUCCAACUCAUCCCAAACCAACUCAAUUGGGUUGAGGUCGGGGGUUUGUGGAGGCCAGGAAAUCUGAUGCAGCACUCCAUCACUCUCCUUCUUGAUAAAAUAGUCCUGUUGCAAAACAAAUGAUAGUCCCACUAAGCCCAAACCAGAUGGGAUGGCGUAUCGCUGCAGAAUGCUGUGGUAGCCAAGCUGGUUAAGUGUGCCUUGAAUUCUAAAUACAUCACAGAGAGUGUCACCAGCAAAGCACCCCCACACCAUAACACCUCCUCCGCCAUGCUUUACAGUUGGAACUACACAUGCGGAGAUAAUCUGUUCACCCACACCGCGUCUCACAAAGACAUGGCGGUUGGAACCAACAAUCUCCAAUUUGGACUCCAGACCAAAGGAAAAAUGUCCACUGGUCUAAUGUCCAUUGCUCGUGUUUCUUGGCCCGGGCAGGUCUGUUCUUCUUAUUGGUGUCCUUUAGUAGUGGUUUCUUUGCAGCAAUUUGACCAUGAAGGCCUGAUUCACACAGUCCCCUCUGAACAGUUGAUGUUGAGAUGUGUCUGUGACUUGAACUCUGUGAAGCAUUUAUUUGGGCUGCAAUUUCUGAGGCUGGGAACUCUAAUGAACUUAUCCUCUGCAGCAGAGGUAACUCUGGGUCUUCCAUUCCUGUGGCGGUCCUCAUGAGAGCCAGUUUUGGCAUAGCGCUUGAUGGUUUUUGCGACUGCACUUGAAGAAACUUUCAAAGUUCUUGACAUUAUCCGUAUUGACUGACCUUCAUGUCUUAAAGUAUUGAUGGACUGUCAUUUCUCUUUGCUUAUUUGAGCUGUUAAUAUGUACCAAAUAAGGCUAUCUUCUGUAUACCCCCACUACCUUGUCACAACUGAUUGGCUCAAACGCAUUAAGAAGGAAAGAAAUUCAACAAAUUAACUUUUAAGAAGGCACACCUGUUAAUUGAAAUGCAUUCCACAUGACUACCUCAUGAAGCUGGUUGAGAGAAUGCCAAGAGUGUGCAAAGCUGUCAUCAAGACAAAGGGUGGCUAUUUGAGGAAUCUCAAAUAUAAAAUAUAUUUUGAUUUGUUUAACAGUUUUUUGGUUACUACAUGAUUCCAUAUGUUUUAUUUCAUAGUUUUGAUGUCUUCACUACUAUUCUAAAAUUUAAAAUAUUUUUUUUAAAUAAAGAAAAACCCUUGAGUAGGUGUGUCCAAACGUUUGACUGGUACUGUAGAUGUACAUAGGGCUGUGACGAUUCAUGACACUUUGUUAGCCGGUUUUUGUCAUGCAAAAGACUGCCGGUCUCACAGUAAUUGACCGUUAAUUAACAUAAAUACGUUUAGUAUCGCCAGGCCUCCACGCAUACAAGCUGCAUAAAAGCCGCUGAUGCGCACCUUUGCAACAUCUAAAAGUAUAAUAAAUCAAUUGAAUAUACACCAUCACAAUAAAUCUAUUAUUUAUUUUAGGCAGGUCUAAAGAAACAUUAUGAUAUGGAGAAAACAUAUUUCAAAAGAAUAGAAUAUAUAUUGGCCUACUGUAUGUUAUCUGGCUAUGCGCCAUGCCAUAGGCUGUAGGCUUGUUCGUUUAGCUGACAAGAUAUGCUUACACAGUUCUUUCUGAACGUUUUCAGACCCCUUGACUUUUUCCACAUUUUGUUACAUUACAGCCUUACUCUAAAAUUGAUUAAAUUGUUUUUUACCCCCUCAUCAAUCUGCACAGAAUACCCCAUAAUGACAAACCCAAUUUAUUUUUGCAAAUGUAUUAAACUGAAAUAUUACAUUUACAUAAGUAUUCAGACCCUUUACUCAGUACUUUGCCGAAGCACCUUUGGCAGCAAUUACAGCCUUGAGUCUGUAUUUGGGAAGUUUCUCCCAUUCUUCUCUGCAGAUCCUCUCAAGCUCUGUCAGGUUGGAUUGGGAGCAUCGCUGCACAGCUAUUUUCAGGUCUCUCCAGAGCUGUUCAAUCAGGUUCAAGUCCGGGCUCUGGUUGGGUCCCUCAAGGACAUUCAGAGACUUGUCCCGAAGCCACUCCUGCGUUGUCUUGGCUUUGUGCUUAGGGUUGUUGUCCUGUUGGAAGGUGAACCUUCGCCCCAGUCUGAGAUCCUGAGCGCUCUGGAGCAGGUUUUCAUCAAGGACCUCUCUGUACUUUGCUCCGUUCAUCUUUCCCUCGAUCCUGACUAAAUCAAAUCAAAUCAAAUGUUAUUGUCACAUGCGCCGAAUACAACAGGUGUAGACCUUACAGUGAAAUGCUUACUUACAAACCCUUAACCAACAAUGCAGUUUUAAGAAAAAUUAAUGUUAAGUAAAACAUUGAUGAGUAAAAAAAAAGAGCAGCAGUAAAAUAACAGUAGCGAGGCUAUAUACAGGGGGUACCGGUACAGAGUCAAUGUGCGGGGGCACAGGUUAGUCGAGGUAAUUGAGGUAAUAUUACAUUUACAUUUUCGUCAUUUAGCAGACGCUCUUAUCCAGAACGACUUACAAAUUGGUGCAUUCACCUUAUGAUAGCCAGUGGGACAACCACUUUACAAAAAAAAAGGGGUAAGGGGUGGUAGAAGGAUUACUUUAUCCUAUCCCAGGUAUUCCUUAUAGAGGUGGGGUUUCAAGUGUCUCCGGAAGGUGGUGAGUGACUCCGCUCUCCUGGCGUCGUGAGGGAGCUUGUUCCACCAUUGGUGUGCCAGAGCAGCGAACAGUUUUGACUGGGCUGAGCGGGAACUGUGCUUCCGCAGAGGUAGGGGGGCCAGCAGGCCAAUAAUAUGUACAUGUAGGUAGAGUUAAAGUGACUAUGCAUAGAUAAUAAACACGGGGUGGGGGUAUAAUGAAAAUAGUCUGGGUAGCCAUUUGAUUAGCUGUUCAGGAGUCUUAUGGCUUGGGGGUCGAAGCUGUUAAGAAGCCUUUUGGACCUAGACUUGGUGCUACGGUACCGCUUGCUGUGCAUUAGCAGAGAGAACAGUCUAUGACUAGUGUGGCUGGAGUCUUAGACAAUUUUUAGGGCCUUCCUCUGACACUGCCUGGUAUAGAGGUCCUGGAUGGCAGGAAGCUUGGCCGGGCCGUACGCACUACCCUCUGUAGUGCCUUGCAGUCGGAUGCCUAGCAGUUGCCAUACCAGUCAGGAUGCUCUCGAUGGUGCAGCUGUAUAACUUUUUGAGGAUCUGAGGACCCAUGCCAAAUCUUUUCAGUCUCCUGAGGGGGAAUAGGCUUUGUCUUGCCCUCUUCACGACUGUCUUGGUGUGUUUGUACCAUGAUAGUUUGUUGGUGAUGUGGACACCAAGGAACUUGAAGCUCUCAGCCUACUCCACUACAGCCCGUCGAUGAAAAUGGGGGCGUGCUCUGUCCUCUUCUUUUUCCUGUAGUCCACUAUCAUCUCCUUUGUCUUGAUCACGUUGAGGGAGAGGUUGUUAUCCUAGCACCACACGGCCAGGUCUCUGACCUCCUCUCUAUAGGCUGUCUCAUCAUUGUCGCCGAUCAGGCCUACCACUUUUGUGUCGUCGGCAAACUUAAUGAUGGUGUUGGAGUCGUGCCUGGCCAUGCAGUCAUGGGUGAACAGGAAGUACAGGAGGGGACUGAGCAUGCACCCCUGAGGGGCCCCCGUGUGGAAGAUCAGCGUGGCAGAUGUGUUGUUACCUACCCUUACCACCUGGGGGCGGCCCGUCAGGAAGUUCAGGAUCCAGUUGCAGAGGGAGGUGUUUAGUCCCAGGGUCCUUAGCUUAGUGAUGAGCUUUGAGGGCACUAUGGUGUUGAACGCUGGGGGCUGGGGAAAAAGCAAAUGGAGGCUGCACGCUUUCCCGCCGCUGCGUUUUUCAAAGAUGUCUGGUAGGCUACUUCGGUUUUAUAGCAGAGCGUGUACUUAAUAUGAACAGCUGAGAAGUAAAUAUAAAAACACUUAUUUCACUCCACACAUCAACCACUGUUUGAGGAGCACGCUCUCGCUGCGUGACAGGUGAUAUUCUGCCCAAACUCUGUGUGCCAUGGGCUCUCCAACCCUGUUCCUGCAGCUACCCAGUGCUUAAUUGGGAAACCAAGUGAAAUCUGUUUGGGAACAUCGAUAGUAAAAUAUUUUCACAACGAAAAAAAUUUCAUUAAACUGUUGACAGCCACUUUCUCUGCGCGCUCGAGAAAGGAAUAAAGGAGCGAGGGGAGCAAAUGGAAACUUACGGUGGUGAGAUAUUCUGUAGCUAAAGGUAAUGUGUCAGCCUAUUAAAUUAUGAAAAUAUAAACAAUGCCCUAUUACUAUAGGCUAUUCAAAAUCGCCCUGCACAAUCAAUAAACCAACUGCAUCGCCUAGGGCUAUAUGUUCUCUCCCAGACUCAUGGGUAGAAAUGUUGGAGUGUAGCAUAAGGUAACCAAUCCAUCCAGUAUGCAUAAUAAUACAGUCCACACUCAAAGGCGAUUACUCAAAUUUGUUUAAUUUUGGAGUAUAGGCUAGACCAAUUAUGUACCAAAGACAUCUUAAAUCAGUUUUGUUUAAUGUUUGUCUGCCAUGAGUAAUAUGUGGUAGGCUAUGUAUUGUAUAACGGCACAAUUGUCAUUUUAAUUCCGUAUUUUUUCGGGCUUGGGCUCAUAUGCCUAUGCAUAACCUCUAAUAUGUGUAUGGGUGUUUUGAAUUAAUCUUCACCUUAGAAAGCGCUGUCCAUUUAGUUGUGUUAGGCUUUGAAACAACAUCCACAAUGACCAUGUUUUCCACUCAGUUUCAACCUACUGUUGAACUUCUUUCUUCAAAUUGAUUAUCACAUUGAGGUGAGUUUUAAAAGCAUGAUACUCUUUUGAUGAUUUUCGAUUGCAUUUGCAUUGAUGUCAGAGUGGUUAGAGGGACAAUAGAGCCCUGAGUACCAGACCAUUAUGACCCGAUGGUUGUUAGCGAGUUGGGUACUACCAAUGCAUGUCCAGAGUGCAUAACAGGAGAUUACCGUGACUCAAUGGUCAUUACUGCCGGUGUGGCGGUAAUAUGGUCACCGCAACAUCCCUAGUUGUACAUCAGAGAGAAAGAGACCAGAGGUGCGGAAAAAAAGAGAGAGAGAGAGGAGAGUAGAGAGGAGAGAGAGAUAGAGAGAAGAGGAGAGAAAGAGAGAGAAUAUCGCUCUCUGAAAUACUACUCUCCCGCUACUCUCUCUCGUCUCUCUCUCGCUCUCUCUCUCUCUCUCCUCUCUCUCUCUCCUCCUCCUCCUCUCUCUCUCUCUCUUCUGCUCAUCUCUAUCGCUCUCUGCUUCUAUCGAGAGACGAGAAGCUCGAGGUUGCAUUACCUUGUGGAUUAUAAGGCCCACUGCCUGAGUGUCCUAGUAAUGGUAAACACCUUGAGUGCUUACUCUCAGAACUUAAAAGAAACUCUUUAAUGACAGUUUGUUACCUAACCGAAAUAUUUUAACCAUUUCAUUAGGAGGGCCAAAAAGGAAUACGCUUACCCAGGAGUGUUGAAUAAUUUUUCCUACAAUGCUCGUGGAGAAGUGCAUAAAUUCUCUCUGAUGUUUUAAUGUAUUCCUUAUGAUUAUGAGUUCUGUUGCAUGUUUAAAUACUUUCGCUGUUCUCGUGUAGGUUUCUUCUCUGAUUUUUUUUAUUCAAACGUGUCCUACAUUACAUUGCAUUAUAUUUUUAUAAUGGUACAGUAGGCAUCCUUUUUCGGAAGCGUCUUAUGGAGUUUAAGAUGUUAAUCAUUAAUACAGUGUUUCAUUAUCAUAUCCCGUCACUAUGUUUACAAUAAUUAAAUAUUAUAAAGGUUGCCAACCUUUUUAUCGGUAAUCCACGAGCUUGUUGAUUAGAGGAACAAUAGGUAGGCCUACAUUGCUCCGGGGUACAUCUUCCAUAGGAAGAGAGGCAGACUGACAUAGGACUACAGUUUUCCUUAAUAAACACUGUGAUUGCAUGAUUUUACUAGUAUCAUCACCACGCUCUUUCAUCUUUAUGAUUUUUAUUUGGAUCCCCAUUAGAUGUUGAAGAAGCAGCAGCUAUUAUUCCUGGGAUCCACACAAAACAUAAAGCAUGACAAAAUACAGAACGCUAAUGGACAGGAACAGCAACACACAUUUUAACUAAGAACACUACGAAUAAAGAAAAAUAAUAAGAAGAAAGAGAAAAUAAAUAAAAAUGAAUAAUGCUAAGAAUAAUGUGUUAGCUGUGUGCGUGUGUGUGCGUGCGUGCGUGCGUACAUGUGUGCGUAUGUGCGUGUGUGUGUGUGCGUGUGUAGUGUGGGUGUGUUAGAGUGUGCGUGUGUUUGCGUGUGCGUGUGCGUUUGCGUGUGUGUGUGCGUGUGUGUGUGUGCGUGCAGAUCAGAGGGAGGCAGGUAGAGAGGCUGUAGGCUUUAUGUACGGCAGUAGUGGUGGCCUUAUUAAACCCUAUGGUGUACUGUAUGUCUCAGGGAUGUAAUGUAGCAGCCAGUGGCAUGUUAAUCUCCUCUCAGUGAAUCACCAAGCUCUACUCUGCAGGUGCUGAUUCUGCUGUGACUGGACCAGACAGCUGCUUCUUGCCCACAUAGCACCUUGUUUUCUUGUGCUGAUAUCCUCUCAGAUGUUUAUUUUGCUUCCAGACAGUAUAUUAUGUCUUCAUUGUCUUGUAAUCUUGGGCUGAUGGUAAUGAGGAAAAUCUAUCCCCAUCUAUCACACAAUGCAGAGCACAGAUCCUGUUGUAUAUUUCAAUUUCCCACCAGGAGCCUCAGUAGAGACAGAUUUAACUCUUGUUUUUCCAGGUGAGUUGGCUGAGAACACCAAGUUGCACUGUAGUAUGAGAGGUCAGAUUGGGAAUUUAGCCAGGACACCGUGGUUAACUCUCCUACUCCUAUGACAAUGCUAUGGGAUUCUUACAGACCGCAUGAUUUGUUUUGUUCUUGAAGACUGUGAAGAGACACACACACACACCACAUGGGAACCGAAAAUGUAUUUCUAUUCAAAAUCCUAUUUUCCCUAACCCCUAACCCUAAUCCUAACGCCUAACCCUAAACAUAACCCUAAUUCUAACCCUAACCCUAAUUGUAACCCUAACCCUAAACCUAACCCCUAAGCUUAAAAUAGCCUUUGUCCUCAUUGGGAUGUGGGAAAUGCCCCCACGAGGGACAAUUUUCCUUGUUUUACUAUUCUUGUUGGGACAUUUGGGGAUUUCAGGUCCCCAUGAGGAUAGAAGAACAAGACCACAGACACAGACACACACAACCCACACAUAUCUCUCUCACGCACACACAAUCACACACACACACAUAGAACCUGGCUAUAGGGAAGUAACUGACUUCCCUGUCCCUGUGGUUUUCAAUUUUUUUCAAUUAGCAGUAUACUGUUAUAUUUCACGCAGCAGUAAUGGUCCUUGUUGUUAAACCUCUCACACAUAUACCACCAUACAUGUCAUCAUGAUCCUGCCAAAAUGUAAAAGUGCUAAAAUGCUGGAUGUGAAGGAGGUGAGCGCUAACAUUCAACAUCUCUCAUUCCCCACCCUCCCUCUCUUUCUCUGUCUCUCUGUACUCCCUGCUGCUGCACCCACCCCUCCUUCUGUUCUGUCUGUCUCUCUGUCUCUCUGUGUGUCUGUCUGUCUUUGUAAGGCGACUCAAUGCUCAAACACAACGGGAUGAAAUUCACCACCAAGGACCAAGAUAACGACCACUCAGAGAACAACUGUGCCUCCUUCUACCACGGCGCCUGGUGGUACCGCAACUGCCAUACGUCCAACCUGAACGGACAGUACCUGGGUGGGCAGCACACCUCCUACGCCGACGGCAUCGAGUGGUCCUCCUGGACGGGCUGGCAGUACUCCCUCAAAUUCACUGAGAUGAAGAUUAGGGCCACGAGAGAGGAGAACAAAUGA